GGUAUGAGCACAGUACCAUACUUGCUCCGGUGGCAUGAACUGUGCUUGGUGGAGCAAGCGGGAACUUACUUCUGUCUUGUUAACCUUGGAGUAUCGAGAUGGCGCAUUGAUUCCGAAGCUAAUUUCAAGUGUUUUUGUGAGGACUGCUAUGUUGUGUUGCGCGCAUUUGUGAUAAGUUAUUUGGUCUAUAACUUCGUUAUAUUGUUUGUGCUGUUGUGAAAAAUGGAAUUUGUAAGAUUGUCGACGGGAUAAGGCAGCAGCGGGUGGGCCCAGGGGGAAGUGGCGAGGUGAAGAGCAAGAUGGCCGCUGCCGCGGCUGGGCCAUGUUGCCUUGAUUUCGACCUCGACUCGCCGGAGGAAGAGGUUGUGUUUGGUGGCUCUAACCCAGCUUCUAGGAUGAACAGCCUCGACAAUUUCAAGUUAAGGAUUCGGAGAGGCAACGCUGUAGAUACUGCUGCCAGAAGAGGACCCAUGAUUGCCCGUCACCCACUGAUGGGUUUGCCAGAAUUGGUUGAACAUUCCAGUCAGGCAUCAAACAAAACAACUGCUCUUCACCUCCGAUGCUGCAGGACCCCUCCCCCUAUCCUGGGAUCUGGUAUGGGGGAGGGGAGUCAUCCAAGAAAGAGAUCGCCCAGCAUUCCUCGAUCGCGCCCAUCCAGUCCAGGCAGUAAUUCAACCCGUCGGCCUCCAAGCCCAGGUGCAUUAGAUCCUGCUGUAUUGGAAGCGGUGAAAAGCCGAGUGCGUAGGGUGCAGCAGGCCCGUCUCUACCUCCUUCAGCAGACGGGGCCCAACUCAUUCCUGGUGGGAGGUGACUCUCCAGAGCACAAGUACCGUGUAGUCAUUGGACCACAGACUUGUAGCUGUGGCCGUGGUCCACACUGUCUCCAUCUGUUGUUUGUCAUGCUCAGAGUUUUCCAAGUUCCCGAAAGUGAUUCAAGAAUAUAUGCUAAGGAACUGAAGAACUUUGAGGUGGAGUCACUAUUCCAUAACUACCAAGAACGUCGAAACUUGAGGGUAAAUGUGCCUCCAGAUGAUAUGCGAAAAGAUGUGCUGCAACCUCACUGUGGGUCUUCAAGAACUACACCGCAGUCUGAAAGUUCUAGUUUCUCUGUUACUGAAUCUGUCCCUGCUUCGGAUGUUAAACCAGCAGAAGAAGAGCUCUGCCCGAUCUGUUUGUUAGAGAUGGUUGAUGGGGAAAGCUUAGUGGUUUGUAUCACAGGCUGCCGUAAUAAACUGCAUCAUCACUGCAUGGCCAUCUGGGCAGAAGAAUGCUAUCAACAAAGUGAGAGAGUCCUUUGCCCUUUGUGUCGGCAUUCAUGGAUCAAUGAGGCUGACACAAACAAGUUUCGAACUCACAACGUGGAAGAACUGGGUUCUAAGCGGAGGGUUUCCACACACCAUCACCAGUCCACUUUUCACAACUUGAACAAUAUGGAUCCACCUCAAACGGUUCAUAAAAUCACUGGAUUGACAUCACAGCAACAGAAGAAAUCACAUCAUAAGGCUCCAGAGAGCAAGCGAUCUUGCACCCCCUCACCUGGAUUAGACUCACCAUUGCUGAGUUUUAGUUCUGGCUCUUCAGGAUACAAGUCGUCAUCUGAUAGUGCCCAGGCUUUUCAAGGAGUCUUAUCACAUGCAGGGGUCAUUCCAUCAGAACAGUUACAUGUUGCUAGCGAGUGGGUGAAGGUGUUUGGAGCAGACCUUGUGUCAUGCCUGUACUCACGAGACUGGAAAGCCCGUGAAAUGGCACUCAGAAGGCUAGUGAAUGAUAUUGUCGCAAGUCAUUACUCGGAAAGUGAGGAAGAGCAACAACAGGUGCUGUGGCACAGUAUUAAAAUCCUUACUAUGGUGGCUGCAGACCCAGUCUUCAAAGUGUACCUUAGCUGCAUUCGUUGCUUUCGAGUGUUCCUGAGUUAUGCUAGUUGUCACUCCAAUCGUCAAGUAGAGGAGUUGCAGGAAUUGAUCCGUCCCAUCAUCAGAAUCCUGCUACUCAAGUGUACCGAUCAAAACCGUCGCACAGCGCACCUUAGCGUUGAGAUUUUAGUGGAACUUGCGAAAGGGCAGAAUGGAGAACUUUCUUUGGGCAAAUCUGUUUCAGAUAAUUCAAAUUGCAAAGGUUUGGAGGGGCUGGAGUUGGUCCUGGGAUGUGUGUUGGAGGAGUGGAGUUUUGAUACAGUCAGUUCACAGUGGCUGGCAGGACGUCUCAUUAUUUUGGAUCGUCUUAUUCAGGAUUUUCCGAAUGAGUUUUGGUUACAGUAUGUGCCACUUUAUCCCAAUGAAUCAGGCUACAAGCUGCAUAACUAUAACCGCCUUAUCACAGUAGUGGAAUUUUCGUUCAAGGCCCUCCGAAGUCCUAACAGCAUGGUGGCCAAGUUGGCACGUCACGUGUUUGUUCUUUCAUCCAGCAUGACUGCCAAGGAACGUGGAGUGUUCAACCAAGUGCUAGAAAUGCUUUCAAGUUUAGACCCUAAUUUACAGACAUGCUUACGAAAGCGCCUCCACCAAGCAGCAUCUGAAAGUGGGACUCGGUCUCAGACAGCUUGGCAGGGUUCAAAGAAAGCUAAGGCAGCUCAUUGUGUAGUGACAGAAAGAUGCCAUGGCCAACAUGAAUCUCAGCAUGGAAGAUCAACUCCACUACACACCUAUAAAGAUAAUGCAGUAGUCAAGUCAUUACUGUCCAGCAGUGUACUUGAUGCUGCUUGUCAGACAGACUUGGAACCAGGGUCUGGCACAUCACCACCCCGUCCAAGGGAUUUGCCACUUGAUAACUCAAAUGUAAAGAACAAGAAACCAGUAAAAUUUCAGCAUGUCCCAUGCAUUUCCCCCAUUCAAAUCCCGUCGUCUAAGCGGUGGAGUGGUUCAGGCUCAAAGUUGCUAAGUCUCUUCACAAAUAAGAAACAUGAUGAACUGCUUCCUACAAAGCCUGAACUGAAUGGCAUUUAUCGAGAUACCAGCAGUCCUGUUGGGCAAGUAUGUGAAAAUUGUUUGGUGGGAAAUUGUCACAGGCAUGUGAAUCCACACCAUUUUUUCUUUGGAAGCCUGUGUUCAAAAGUGAUGACUCCAACCACACCCGAAGCCCCCCAUACCACGCCCAUCCUAGAGAACCACAAAUGUACUGGCCAAGCAGAGGAGUUCCUGGAUGACGUAUCGGAAGAAUUGGUUAUUCCACUUGAUCUGAGUAAUCUCAAGAGUCAAUUUGAUAGUGAAAUUCCUACCAUCCCGGGUCUUAAUUCACCAUUGGUAUUGGAUGAUUCAGCAAACCACCCUCACGACAAGAAUAUGGAGGGUGGAGUGAAGUGCAGUUCCUAUUUGGAGGGCUUGAACUGGAAGCGUGGUCAGUUACUUGGGACGGGGGCAUUCAGUUCUUGUUAUCAGGCUCGAGAUGUGGCCACUGGAACACUGAUGGCUGUCAAACAGGUGCCUUUUUGCAGAAUUUCUGCAGAUGAACAGGCCAUAGUAGAGCUGGGAAUACAUGAAGAAAUAGUGACAAUGUCAAAAUUGAGGCAUGAAAACAUAGUACGAAUUCUAGGUGCCACAAAGCAAGGCAGCCACUUCAACAUGUUUGUGGAGUGGAUGGCAGGUGGUUCUGUUGCAGGCAUGCUUGAGAGAUAUGGCCCAUUCAAUGAAGAGGUUAUACUUCGUUACACUAAGCAGAUUCUUGAAGGACUGUCCUACUUGCAUGAUAAUCACAUUCUGCACCGAGACCUUAAAGGUGCAAACCUCCUUGUGGACAGCACAGGAUAUCAUCUGCGUAUUGGGGAUUUUGGGACAGCAGCGCGUCUGGUGUCACAAACAACUGUACCUGGAGAAUUCCAGGGUCAGUUGCUUGGAACAAUUGCUUUCAUGGCACCUGAAGUCCUGCGCGGUGAGGACUAUGGGCGGUCAUGCGAUGUCUGGAGUGUGGGGUGUUGCAUGAUCGAGAUGGCCUCCACAAAACCACCGUGGAAAGAAAACUGUAUGUCCAAUCACUUGGCACUCAUGUACAAGAUUGCAUCUAGUAAAGACCCACCCUCAAUCCCUGACACAUUAAGCUGGGCAUUGAAGGAUCUGGCAUUGCAGUGCCUGCUUAUCAACUCGGAACUGCGGCCAACUGCAAAGGAACUGCUGCAUCAUGCAUGCUUCAGAGAGUGGCAGACAUGAUGGCAGUGGUCUGGUAAUGCCAUUAUUUGAUGGAUAAAGAUCCAUCUUAGCACCACUUUGUGCUUUGUGCUUUGUGCUGGGAGAAUUAUGGGGAAGAAAAUGAAAAUGUAACCUGUCAUAAAUUUGAAUGCAUCCAUCUUGAUAGGUUAACAGCUGACAAGGUGAUGUUUUUAUGUUUUCUUGUCAAAGAUUCUAUCUGUAAUUGACCAGUGUUGCACCUUAUUAGAAAGUUUUGGAACCACCAUUAUAGAUGAAGGAAACGAGGAGAUAUCGGUGGUUGUCCUAACUGGUAAUAUAUGGUAAGUAUCACUUCUCUUACUGUUAAUGUGUGUUGAUAAAAAACACAUUAUGAUUUCAGAAAUCACUGCAUUUACACUAUAAUUUUCCUGUCUCACAUGAAACAUCAUAUUCCAUUAGCACUGAUAAUCACACUUAAAAAUGCCCAAGGGCAUCUGGGCUGCAUUGCCAACUACAUGUAAUUAAAAUGGGUCAUGAUAAACGUUUUGGUUUAUGCUGUUUAAGGCAUGAACCCUAAAGAUUGACUGGUUUAUAGUAUUUUUUAAGUCUUCAGUAGGAAGAAGUAAUCUCUAGAAUAUUUUUUAGAAAAUAUGUUUCUUGGUUAAUAAACAGAGAAAAAGCAUUUAUGUUAUAUUGCAAUAUUUUAAUGUUAAUUUAUUUUAUUUAUUCAAUAGUUAUUAUUCUGUUGACAUUAUUACCAUGGGAAAAGGAAAGUACAGAGCAACAUUUGUAGUUAAUUGCUAUACAAACAUACAUACUGAAGGAAUUAUUCUAAGUAAGUGAUAAAAGAAUAGCUAUAAAAUGAUAAGAAUGAUUUUACGAAGAACCAAUAGGAAAACAAGAUUUAAAAAGCAUGUAUCUACACUUGGAAUAUCUGUAGAACAUCUGUAGUAAUGUGAAAUUGAGACUAAGAUUAAAUGUUUUAAGAUUUAUACAUGACAUAAAAUCAUGUUGGAAAAUGAUUUUAUUUUUAAACCAUUUAUUUCUUUCAAAAUUUAUCUGUAUAGGUUCGGUAUUAUGAAUCUGUAAGGUUCAUACUUUAAAUUAAAAAUAGAAUGAUUACAUUAUCUUUUGGAGAUUAAAAGGGAAGUAUCAGAAAUGUCUCUUAGUAUUGGCUGGAAAUUGUAGUAUUUACUGUAAAUGUAGUCUGUAUAAGAAGUGUAAACAGCCAAAUGCCACUUUCUGACAAAAGCAUUUUAUACUUGUGCAUUUGGCAUUAAUAUUUGUGUUUUAAUUUGUGAUGUCAACUGAAUAUGAUGCUGUGAGGUUUCCAAAAAGAGAAACUUCCAUUUGCAUUCCAUUGUCUGUGAAGAUUAAUACACUUGCAAAGUUAAGUCAUAGAUUUGUUUGGAUAGUAGGGAAAAAACAAAAGAUUUUGAAUAGGGAUUUUUUUCUCAGAUGUUUAUAGUGCUGAAAUGUUUGUGAGUGAAGCAUUUGUAACUUUGGAAGAGACUUCCUACCAUCUCUUGAUGAUUAUAGGGUGAGUGCAUCUAGCAGUUCUCUAGUGCCACUAUACUUAAACAUUUGUUUAGAGUAAAGACAGUCUUACCGAUCAUUUGUUUGGUGUAAAGACAGUCUUACCGAUCAGUGCAUGGUAUAUGGUGUUUUAGACAUAAUGGUAACAGAUAGUACUGCAGAAAACAGAUAUGAUUUCCAGCUUGACAUCCACUCCUCUGUAUCAUUGCUGUCAUCUUCAUACUUCCUACCAUGAGAACCUGAAAUCUCACAUUUGCAGGCAAGUUUGUCAUAGGACGAAUGUUGGAUGGUUCUGUUUAAUUAUGUGUUCACAGCUGCAUGGGUUAUAUAGUAGUAUGAUUAUUAUGAAUGUUCAAUUGCAAGGUGGAAACAAAGGCAUUGCAGCUUUUUUAAGGUAAUAUCCACUCUGCAACACAGAUGUGUAUAUUUAUGUGGGUAUACACAUGUUCAUGCAUGCAUUGUCAUGUACAAUUACAUAUCAUGAUGUGGGCUACGGGUAUAGACCUUUGGUUUUAAUAAACCAAUUCAUUCCCAUAGAGACUUGGUAUCUAUACAAAAAAAUGGUAUGAAAUUUAUGUUUUAUGUGCAAUUAUGUUUCAUAGAUGAUAUGCCUUGAUUUAUUAAAAUCAAUCAAAAUGGUCUUAUUGUUGCUUAUGGGUGAGUGUCCACAGUAUUACAUGAAUCAGUGAUAGAGAAAAUAAUACUUACAGAGGAAUGUAGAUGUACAAGUAAAUGAAAUAUUUUGUAUAAUUAUAUGUAAAAUCUUUUGUUAUAUUGUAGUAGUUAGCACUCCUGCUUUAUAUUCAGGUCAUCCCAGGAUUAGAUAUCAGCCUGUGGACCAAUUAUCUUGACUGAGGUCCUCCCCACAGUCUAUCAGGGCAAAUGUUUGAAUAUGAUUUUGAAACAGUUAUUCCAUUUUCAUUUUUGUCAUUAUGGUCAUACUUAUCAUCUGAUACUAUGUAACCUGUCCAGUUCAAGUUCAAGAAAUUUUAUGGAUGGUGGUUAUGGUCUUGUGGGCUGUGAUGUUAUGUAGUCUUCUAGGUGGUUCUCCACUGUCAGAGGAAUGUAUCACCUCCAUGAAUCUGGAGCUGAUAAGUUUGUCUUUAAUGUUUGUAACUACCUGCAAGAUUAUGUGGCAUCAAAACUCAGAUGACCACAGUUGACAUCAACCACCAUGAAAACAUCAAAUUUUAUUAGAAAUCAAGUGGAAUGCAACUGAGCUAUUGUUAUGUGUGUCUGAAUCCUGCAGUAUAUUUUUGAUAUCAUGAGAGGCAAUUUUUAUUGUUUUAUUUUAUGAAAGUAGGAGAGAGGAAUAUCAAUAUUGAAGCAUUUUUACACUAACCAUUUUCCACCAUGCAUCACUUCUUUUACAUGGUCCAUGUGACCAUGCAUCACACUAGCAUGCCACUAAACUGUUAACCCCAGAGUUAAUGUCUGGUCAGUAGCUCCAUAGUAUGGGGAUUUAAAUUCCUUAUUUCCAUAUAACAAAGGUUCAGAUCUUUUUCCGAUCUGAUAUGUACAUUCCUCUUUCCUGUAUUAUACAUUAGCUUAAAUAUGUAUUGAUUAAGAUACUUGAUUUUAUGUUAAGGAUGUGCAAACAGUUUGAAUUUUGAAUAGUACGUAGAUGUAUGAGUUCAGUUCAGCUUGAAUUUAAAAGGAAAUUGCCAAUUUUCAUUGUCAGUCUCUGUGCCUGGAAAUAUUGGAUGUUAUACUUUUCCAUAUUUAAUGAAUAAAAGUGACAAAAUGUGCAAGUUGGAUGCUGCAUUUAGGAUAAAGUGUGAGGCACAAAAUUUGGGUGUUUGCAUGCCCUGUUUUAUAUUUUUACGUUUGUUCCAGAAUGCUGGACGGAUCUUCAAAUAAUAUGUUUUCCUUCAGUUGAGAGAAACCAAAAGACUGGAAUGCAUCUCUCAAAUUAACAACACACUUUUAUUACAUUUUAAUGUUACCUCUGUGUGUUGAAAUUUCAUUUUCUGUGGGACUGUAUCAGUAGCAAUAUUCAGAAUGAAAAUUCUUUUGCUUUUAUUCUGUCACUUAUUCAUUAAAGGUGCAUAACUUUGUCUGGAGUUCUUGAACGUGGACUAACCAUGUGCAUGGUAUGUGAUUUUUAUCACUGUACCCAAUGUUGAUAACAAUUUUGUGCCUCUUAUUUUUGUAUCUGACUGUAACACUCUUGGUUUUGUUGGUGUAUCUAAAACAACCUGUUGUUUUGUGAUAGCAAUGAAGGAUUAUUUGACAAGACAUCUAUGGUCCAUCAGACAUGUUGCAGGGUAAUUUAUUUUGCUGUUUCACCAGAAAGUACAAGAUAACUUUUAUGUUGUUACCAGUAAGAUAACUUUGUGUUCUGGACAUGCUGUCUUUCAUAUUCAUGCUAUGAUUACUUCAAGCAAAAUAAUCAUGUGUGGUUACAAUUUUGAAAACCGUUUUUUAUAAUAAAGCAAAAUCUUGGGGCUUUGCAAAUAACAUAUUAAGAAAACUAAUUUUCAUUUUGAAUAUUGUUGGGUCUUAAUACAAUAUUUCUGCGAAUUAAAAGUACUUAACAUAAUAAUAAGUGCAUUCCAAAUUGGGAUGUUGGAAUAUAGAAAUGGCUGAGAACUUGAAUGUCUUUCUAGUAAGGAAACUUAACAGGAUGAUCAUUUCAUUAUACAUAUAGACAUUGGUUCUUUUCACCUUUGUGUGUAGGAAACAGGUUUGGGUUGUUACACAAAAUACAUUCCUCACUUGUUAUCGCUUAUAGUUGUCACCAUUCAUUGUACCUGACAAAGCCAAGGAUGGAGAAUUUCUUCCGGACUGGGAAUAUUUCCAUUAUAAAUUGCAUGACAGUCAUGCUAAGUAUAACAUAAGGGACCAUUGAGUCUAAUUAUUGUACACAGUUGAAAGCCAGAGGCUAUACUGAUAACUUGUAGACUGUUUGUAUUUGUAUUCUUUAUGAUAGUUGUGUUUUAUAAUACAAUAUAUGUUUAUAAAAUAGGAAUAAAAUACAUAAUAUAUGAUGAA